GUGAUGACGUAGGCAGCGACGUCGCCCUCCAAGGAUCAACACAAACGCUGAGCGACUCAAAGCAGCGAAGGAUCACUCCCGGAGCACCGGUUACAGCCAGUUCGCAUUUUAUGAUAAUGUCGACACUUGAAUACCGUUAUUUGUUUGUGUAGCUGCAGUGUCCGGCGAGUCCAUAUAACGAAACCACUAUCAGUAAAAGACGUCGUAACUCCGACUUGUACAGCAUCCAGUUUUUCUGCCAGAACCACUGGGACAAGGAUCAAUACAAUAAAAAUGGAGAAUAUGCACGCCCACUGUCUUAAAUGCAUCAACAGGAGAUGUAUGGUAAGACCAGAGGCGGGUGUUUCCUGUGAUCUCAUCGGUUGCCCGCUUGUCUGUGGGGCAGUUUUUCACUCAUGCAAACUAGAAGAACAUCGCCUGCUGUGUCCAUACGAACGGCUGCCUUGCCUAAACUGUGGGUUUGGCUGCCCAUUCACGAUUGCAAGGAUCAAGAUGGCACAACAUCUUGAGACUUGCCCAGCAAGUGUGGUAUGUUGUACUAUGGAGUGGAACCGCUGGCCCGUGAGCUAUGCCGAUUACAAGUCGUAUGAGAACUUGAGCAAAGACUUUGAUGAGGUGGAGCAGCUAGACAUGGCCCUGGCCCUGCAGGAUCAGAGGAUGUUGUUGGAGUCCCUCAAGGUUACGACCACUGUGUCAAAGUACGGGGAUAGGGAAGUGGAUGAAAGUGACAAGAUGGCCACAGCGUCAAGUUUACAAGAGAACAUGUUAAGUAAUGGGACAAUAGAAAUGGACGACGAGCCCUAUAAUGAGUUGUUUAGAGCCUCAGUGGAGACAAGUAGAAGCUUAGCAGCUGCCUUGGACAUCCUCACUAAUUCCAAGGAUAUUGAUGUAAUUGUUGGAAAUCUAAAUGGGGAUAAUGCAAAUAAAAAUGGAGCCGUCCACAAUGGAGAAAAUGGUGAUAGUUAUAAUGGUUAUGUAGCAGAGGGUGGGAAGAAUGUGGAUAUGCAAGACAGUGACUCUGAUUUAGAGUGUGAGCUUGGAGCAGUCGGUGGAGUGGAUUAUGAAGUAGGAGCAGAUGGAGAAGAAGACGGUAUUAACUGGGUGGAAGAGAAUGAUUUUGUCGAGUUGUUUUUUGAAGAGAAGAGGGACAUUAUUGAGGAGCCAGUAGACGAUUCUGGCCUUGGCUGGCCAGAGAUGCCUCAGAAUUACAUGCCUGUUGUAGCACUGGAGCCUCCUGUGCCUCAAGCAGCACCACUCCCACCUCCAAUGCCAUUCCUGAUAUCUCAUCGUAUGCGAAAUAACUUCCUGCAGCACUUACCCACUAACCUCAGGUAUAGAUGCUUGGAACGCAAACUACAGGAUGUAGAAGUCCUUAGUGGCUUAAAGAUUUUGUCAGACCCUUACUUGUUUCGAGCAAAGAAAGAAGACAAGGCUGUGGACACGUCUGACCUGGAGGUGUCAGAUGACCCCAUGGGUCUCCACGGCAUUGACCUCAUUACUGCAGCUUUGCUUUUUUGCCUUGGUGAUUCUCCAGGGGGAAGAGGAAUCUCUGACAGCAGGUUUGUCGAUGGCUUCCACAUUGACUUUGGUACUCAGACAUUCUCCUUUCCUUCAGCAAUACUGGCUACCAACACCAUGGUGGGGGAUAUUGCUUCUGCCUCCGCAUGCGAUCAUGCCAGCCCGCAGCUUUCCAACCCCAGCCCCUUCCACACUCUCAGACUGGACCUUGUGCUUGAAUGUGUGGCUCGAUAUCAAACCAAGCAGCGCUCCAUGUUCACGUUUGUGUGUGGGCAGUUGUUCCGGCGGGACGAGUUCUUGUCUCAUUUCAAAAAUGUUCACGGGGAUAUUCACGCUGGACUCAACGGCUGGAUGGAGCAGCGCUGCCCCUUGGCCUAUUAUGGCUGCACCUACUCCCAAAGGCGUUUCUGCCCAUCUGAACAGGGCUUCCGAAUCAUCCAUGACAGGCAUCUUGGCUCUUUUGGUGUUCAGCCUGGUUUACCCUUAAAAAGAAACGCUUGCCGCAAAGGGUCUAGGCGUGAUCAAUUCAGCAGUCUUCCAUUUGAGGUGUUACAACAUGUGGCAGGUUUCCUGGACAGCUUCAGCUUAUGCCAGCUGUCCAGAGUUUCCCGUACCAUGAGGGAUGUGUGUGCCAGCCUCCUCCAGAUGCGCGGCAUGGUCGUCCUGCUGUGGGAGAAGAAGCGCCGUGCUGAUGGGUCUCCUUCAUGGCAGAUCACAGAUAAGGUGUGGCGCUUCAGCACAGCUUUUGGUACAGUGAACGAGUGGAAGUUCGCCAAUAUUGCCAGCAUGGCCGACCACCUCAAGAAGUGCAAGUUCAAUACGAUUGCUCGACGGGAGGAGGCCAUCCCUUUGCCGUGCAUGUGUUUCACCAGAGAGCUCACGAAAGAGGGAAGGUGUUUGCGUUCAGUCCUCAAACCAGUAGCAUGAGAGAUGUUUUGAGACCACAAGAACUCAAAUCCACAUUUUUCCCUCCAGUGUUUACAUUUUUCCAGCCUCAAAAAGACCUUUUAAUUGGAUUCUAGAAACGUUUGGUUGUUCUCAACUACACCUUGGAAAAACCUUUCUCUCCUAAUCAUAAGACAAGGCCCAUAGUGGCUGAUGUGCAGCUCACUGGAGGCUGACCUGCUAAAAUAAACAAACAAAUUACACCUGUAGCCUUCUGUUUUCUACUCUAAUGGAUCUAUUAAUACUCAAGUCCUGACGUUGUAUCAUCUACUCAGUGAUGUGUAAAUAAUGAGAUGCUUUGUUCUAAAUCUUUUUAUUUUUAUAUCAAAACCUCAGUACUGUGCUUCAUUGGGGAAAAGAGUAGAGCCUUAACUUAUGAAACACUUGAUUUUCCCAGUCUAAGGUUGUUCUGAGCGCCUCGGUGAGGCUGCUGCUUCUAGCUGGAGCAGCUUACUGGUGUUUAUUUUUCUAAUACCCAGAGACCUAGAGUGACCAUGUGCGAACUAUUUAAAGCUCAUCGUUUGACAUUUUAAGACUGACCAAACAUGUUCGAUACCUGUGGACUGUAUUUUAGGACAAUCAGAACAAUAGGUGUUGACUUGUGUGGUUUGGUGGUCUAGAAUGUGGCACAUAAGCACAGGUGGUGCAUUUUCCUCUUUCUUCUUUCAAGUCUGACUAAUGGGCUGGCACGUUAGUCAGGGUGAGACGGUCUGACGCCAAAUGCCAAGACAUUAUACCUGGUGUCUCAUUUUUUACCAGCUACUCCGACAGGUAAACUUCAGUUGUUCGUUAGGUUCGUCUCUGUCCAAAACCCAAAUGUAGCAAGAAAUAAUGAAUGUACUCACUCAGCAGCUUUAGGAUUCCAUCAGGUCUGUGGUGAGUGAGCGGGAUGCUUGGUUUCCUUCCCUCAGUGUCGGACCUCAUGAAACCCUGCUGGCCAGGUGUUAGGAAGCAGAACAACAGGCACACACUUCCCUCCAGCACCAAGCAUCACUAGUCACAUUCACUUUUAUUAUUUAUUACAUUUUGUAUGUUGUUGGCACUACAUGUCCACUGUGAUCAAAUGGUUCUGUCUCAGGGUUUUAGCAUGAAGCAUUGUCGUUCAGUGGACUGUGAAGACAACUGAAGCUUUUCUGUUGUUCAGGGGUUCUUUCGAACUGACGGACGUACCACUCAGUAUUAUUGGAACAACAUAACAGUGUGUCUUGCAGUGCUGGACUAACAAAUUACACGCUUUCACGUUUGUCCUCCAUCGGCAGUGUUUAUAACCGACACGCUGCUGCUCUUGUUGAACAUGGAACGACGGGGUUUGUUGAAUAGGUUUGAAAUAUUUUUGUCUCAGUCGUCAAAGUGAGUCAUGGCAUGUGGAUGUAUGUUAAAUAGUUUUGAUUGAGAAAUAAAAUUAACAUCUGGCGAAUAUGA